GGUCACUAUGAUUCAGCUGUCCAGUGCUCCGUGGGAAAGAUUAUAUCAAAAUCCACAGAGCGAAGAACAUAGAGAAGUCUUGAUAUCCAUAAAUAAAAAUCGUUUACUACACUGCUGAAAUAUACGGACUCUUUCUUCAACACAUUUGAUGACACAUUGGUAUCUAAAAGAAAGUGCCAGGUCAAUAAAGGAUCGGAAUUGAGAGUCAGGUCAGGUGGUUGCAGGAGACACUUGCAAAGAUGUCUACGGAGUUAAGGUCAGGCAUAUCAGAGGUUGCGGAGACUUUACAGAAAUGGUACAAUUUAAAUGUGGAAGCUAAAGCAGACCCUAGGGUGUCAGAAUGGUUAUUUAUGGGGUCACCAUGGCCAACUUUGAUCCUGACUGCUCUGUAUCUUUGCCUCGUGAAGUAUGGACCAGGCCUCAUGAAGCCGUACCCAGCACUGAAUCUCAGACCUCUUCUGAUUGGAUACAAUCUCAUGUUGGUUUUAUUCUCAAUUUGGAUGUUUUUUGAGUUUGCAUUUACCACUGUCCUAAGUCAAGAGUUUAGUAUUAUAUGUCAGCCUGUGGACUACAGUAACAACACAAUGGCCAAAAGGUUAGCUGCUGUGAUAUGGUGGUACUAUUUCUCCAAGUUUGUUGAGUUCCUCGAUACCAUAUUCUUCAUCUUGAGGAAGAAAGACAGCCAGAUUACUUUCUUACAUGUCUACCACCAUUCUACCAUGUUCAUACUCUGGUGGAUUGGAGUCAAGUUUGUCGCAGGUGGUGAAUCAUAUUUCUCAGCUACAGUGAACUGUGGCGUUCAUGUUGUUAUGUACAGCUACUAUCUGCUCUCAGCUCUGGGGCCUGCAGUACAGAAAUACCUCUGGUGGAAGAAGUAUAUGACAGUUCUACAGCUGGCGCAGUUUUUUGCAGUUAUUCUCCAUACCACAUAUGCCAUCUAUUCAGACUGUGGCUACCCUAACGUAUAUCAAUACGCACUCAUUGCAUACUCCUUUUCCCACGUGUGUCUGUUCUCAAACUUUUAUGUGAAUAAAUACAGCAAAACUACCGCUGUCAAUGGAAAAACUAAAGAAGUCAACGGGGCAAGACAUAGUGAUCGUGACUCAGUAAAUCAGAGGACUGCACAGUCAAAUUCUGAGCUCAAUAGACUGGCAUGA